AUGGCACUUGGAAACAUCCCAAAAACAUUUGCGGAGACUACCACUUUCACUGACCCAACCCCAGCGGCCAAAACCUUCCAAGAAAGAAGUCUCGGGAGAACGGCGUAUAUACAUACCAUCUACAGGACAAAGCACCCGUACAGCCUCUUGGCCUCCGCCCCCACCUAUCCCAAUGCUAUACAACUACCAUGCGUCAAAAUACCCAACGGGAAUCGCUAACCCAAAGCUUCGCUAUGGUUCGGUGCUCUGGGAGAAAGCGCCAUCCACUUUCAUCUCAGACUCUGCAUAAUUGAAUGCAAGAUCCUUAUGCACUAUAGAACCUCUGGAAGGCUCCAGGCUCCCUAAUACUGAACACUCGUUCCAGAACCUCCUGAUGCUCUCUGCUCUGAUUUCCUCAAGAUACUAUUCAUGGCCUAUAUAUACCUCCUCCUUCCGAACCUCUAACUGGUCAAACUUAACAAGUCAAAUGACCAAACCAAUGCCCCAUCGCCGCCACCGCUCUAGAUCUCGCCCCUACCACUACCAUCACAGCCACAACUGCUGCUGCAGCGGUGAGAACCUAGCGAGGGUGAUUGUCGUACUACGAAGUUUUCGCCGAAUUAUUGGAGAGAAUUUCAAUGCUGAGGGCGAGGAUCGGAUGGAUUGGGAGCACGACUGUUCGCGAGUUAUUCUUCGAGAGUGGCGGGACUGGCGAGGGCGCGGAGGCAUAGAGGAGGAAGAAGGGGAAAAGAUGGACUGGGAGGUGGAGGGAGAUUACAUGGAUUGGGGGGGGGGGUUGGGGUAUUGAGUAGUGAUUCUUGAUUCUUGCCUUCACCUUUUCUUUC